UCGUGUGUUUGUCCUACCUUGUGCUGGUACUGCAGGCACCUCAGCGUGCCCCUCCUGGGGUUUGUUACACAUCCUCCGAACACCCCCGUGCUCCAACGCAUGUCCGCGCCACUGACCUGGGGGAAACACAUCGUGAUAACAGAUACACAAAUCGAGGUGCUGAAAGUGAUGCGCACCAUCGAUGACAGGAUUGUCCAUGCCCUCAACACCACAGUGCCCACAGUGUCCUUCUCGGGCAAGGUCGACGCCACACAGACAUGCAAACAACUCUAUGAGUCUAUGAUGAAGGGCCAUUUGAGCCGAGACAGAGCAAUCAAGAGCUGUAUAGCCCAGACCUCAGAGGUGGUGGGGCAACUACGAGAGGAGAGAGGAAGGGACCGUGACAACCUCACCCUCGUCAAACAACUCAGGAAGGAGCAGACUAAGUUAAAACUGAUGCAAUCAGAGCUGAAUGUUGAAGAGGUCGUCAAUGAUAGAAGUUUGAAGGUGUUCAGUGAAAGGUGCCGAAUCCACUACACUCCUCCGAAGGUUAAGUGAUUGCCUGUUUUGGUUUCCUGGGACAAGGCGCAGAUCCAGUUGGCUGCACCAGGACUGGAGACAGAACCAGCAGGGUGCUGCUGUCCUGACCGACGGGCCUGUGUCAUCCGACCAGCUCUGCCUCAUUUCAGUUGUUGCCCACAACGAUCAGGACACUGUAUUACCAAUGUAAAGGAAAGAGCCAUCAUCGUGUUUCUUUUCUAACAAACAUUCCCCAAAAAAGAUGUGUGCAUUAAUUGUUAUCCAAUGGUCUUCAUGGGGUAAAAUAUGAGGAUGUCUUUUUGAGCCAGAUUAGGUUGUAAACAGUGUUUGUUUGACCCCAUGACCAACAUCCAUACUAUGACUAAAAAGGUGAUCAAUUCCUCACCGCAAAGGACUUGUCAACAUAAUCUGACUGAA